AGUACUUAGCGACAGAAAACAACUCACUCCGGCUCAACGAGGCUCUGAAGGAGCAGAGCUGGGGGGCCAAGCCCAGGGGAGAGAGUGUCGGAGUGGGUGCAAAGAGAGGGACACACGGGUCUUGUUGUCAUCCACUUUGAGGAAGCAGAGGACCCCCCCCCUCCACUUCUAUCCACACCCCUGCACCAAAAUAACCCGCCGGGGAGGCUGCCCAGCACACGCCGAGAGGGGCACUGGACGUGCUUCAAGGGCAGAAAAACCCCCAGCCGCUGAUUGACCGGACCGGAGGAACAUCUCUUCUUUUCCCUCCAAACUCCUUUCCAAAUAACGAUCCCGUAUGGCCAUGGAUCACAGACUCACCCUCAGCCUUCUGGUGUGGAGCUGCGGCCUUCUCGUUCAGAACUGCACAGGACAAGAGGAAGAAUGCCAGUGCAACCUGAGCCAUGGACGUUGUGACGAGAGCGGCGCGUGCAGGUGCGAUCCAGGCUGGGAGGGACCCCAGUGCGACGACUGCGCGCGAAUGCCAGGCUGCGUGCACGGCUCCUGCCACCAGCCCUGGCAGUGCACGUGCGAGAGCGGAUGGGCUGGCCGCUUCUGUGACAAAGAUGUCUAUGUGUGCACCAAUGAGCAGCCCUGUAAGAACGGAGCUACCUGCUUCACCAAUGACAGCGGGGAUUACUCCUGCUUUUGUCCUGAGGGCUUCCACGGCAAGAACUGCGAAAUGAAGACAGGCCCUUGCCAGAGGACCAGGUCCCCCUGUAAGAACGGCGGGCUGUGCGAGGACAGCAACGGCUUCGCCCCGGAGCUGUCGUGCCGCUGCCUGGCGGGGUUCGUGGGCGCGCGGUGCGAGGAGGACGUGGACGACUGCCUGAUGCGGCCGUGCGCCAACGGCGCGUCCUGCGUCGACGGCGUCAACCGCUUCUCCUGCGAGUGCCCCGCCGGCUUCUCCGGCCGCUUCUGCACCGUCAACGACGACGACUGCGCCGGCCGGCCCUGCCGCAACGGCGGCCGCUGCCUGGACCGCGUGGCCGCCUUCCAGUGCCUGUGCCCGCCGGGCUUCGACGGGCCCACCUGCGAGGGCGCGACGCCGUGGCGGCCGGGCCUGGAGACGCGGCCCCCCACCUGGGUCUCCCGCGGCUGGACGGGCGGCGGGGCCCCGCGCGGGAACGCCUCGACGCGGGGCGUGACGGCGGGCGGGGGCGGCGAGCGGCUGCUGAAGAUCUCGGUGAAGGAGGUGGUGACGCAGCGGGACGCCGGGCUGACGGAGGUGCAGCUGGUCACCCUGCUGGUGCUGGGCGGGAUGACGCUGGCCGUGGUGGCGCUGACCGCCGCCCUGGUGAUGCGGGGACACUGGCAGGACCGCUGCGGCCGCUGCAACCCCCCCCAGCCUCGGCCCGACCCCGCCCCCGCCCCCGCCCAGCAGGAGUGUAAGAUCAGCUUCCUGCACGAGCCCAGCCCCAAACUGGAGAAGAAGAGACACAACACCCAGGUCAUUUAGCCCCGCCCGCCCUCCUCGUCCUGCUACCUGAACGCCUGGUAGGGACACCUGCUGGGGGAAGGCCACACCCUACUCCUGCCCUCCCCCUCUCUGACUGGCCAAGGGGCUCAGGGGGAGGGGUCAUGGGAGAGACUAUAAAAGGGCACUCUUGUUCUUCUCGUAAAGGACGGGGGGGGGGCCAGCAUAGACUCCUGGGAAGGAGGAGCAGGACCCUGAAAACAGGACUAAUCUGCUACAGUGGAGACAGUAAAGUAAAAUGUGAAAAUGUAACAAAGAACCGAAAGAAAAAUGUGCAAAAACACAGAGGCACAUUGCGAUUCUGUGAAAAAUGAUUACUGUUGCUGUAAAUUAGUUGCCAGAGUUUUUUUAAUGCACUGCACCCUCAGAAAGCCAAGAUUGAUUACUUUUUUUUUUACAGCCAAGACAAUUGCCUUUGUUAAUAUUAUACUGUAAUCACAGAAUACCCCAGUCUGUUCCAUUAUGUCUGAAAUAUGUAAAAUACAGGAACUAUACCAUCCAAAUACACAUAUAUAUUAAAUCUGAUCUGAUAUACAAGGUGUAAAGAAUACAUUUAGUAUGUGUAAUUGUGGUAGUGAGGGACAGAUGUGUUGCCUUUCUCAGCUUGAAAAACAAUCUCCACCCACAUUAGGAAACGUAAUUGUUUAUACUCGUAUUUCUGAAUGUUUUCUGUACUGUUGGUGAUUUCUACAGUUACUGUACUUAUAUGAUGAAAUGGGGUUUAUUUGACAUUGCUGCACGAUGGGAGAGCAACGACAUGCAGCACUGAAGGAGGCUAAACAAGCCCAUCGUCUGUGUGUAGAGCGUCCUGAAGAACAGAGUUGAGCUCAACAGUAUUUUGAAGCUGUAAGUGUAAUUUAUUCUUGUAAUUUAUUUGUGUAAAAGUGUACAUGGUCUCUUUUGGAUUUUUUUUUUGUUGUCCUAUUUUUGAUACUGAAUGUGUGCAAUUAAAGCUGUGAACUAUUUCCUA